CGCCCGGGGAGGCGGGAGGGAGGCUUGAUUGGCAGCGGAGGCGGGUAGCGGCCAAGAUGGCGUCGGAGGCUGAUCUAGGGAGGAAAUGGGACCGUUGUCUGGCUGACUCCGCCGUCAAGCUGGGUGCUGGAUUUGGCCUAGGCGUGGUCUUCUCCGUCAUCUUCUUCAAAAGAAAGACCUGGCCGCUCGCUUUCGGCUCAGGGAUGGGGCUCGGAAUGGCGUAUUCAAAUUGCCAACACGACUUCCAGGCUCCUUACCUUCUCCACGGGAGAUUCAUCAAGGAGCAGUGAUGGCGCCCGGACCUUUCUGUGGCAGAUCAACGGAGGGACCCCUCGGCCUCCUUCUCUGUGGGGAGACGGGCACCCUGGAGGCCCAUGGACUUUCCGGCUGCCCCUUUGGGGAGGGGGCAGCCGCCCACCGCCACGCCUCCAAGCAGACCUUGAUUUUGUAUCUUCUUCUCGGGGAGCAGCAGGGAACGGUGCCCUUCUGGAGAAGGCAAUAAAACUGGCAAAGCAUU